AUGUCAGAAUCUGGAGCCUAUACCCUUAUCGGGGUUAUUGUUGAACGCUUUACAAAAAUCACCUACUUCAUACCGCUCAAGACCGAGGCAACAAUCAAGGAACUUUCGCAUAUAUUCCUUCAAGAAAUAUGGCGACUACAUGGACUGUCCGAAGUAAUCAUUUCUUAUCGGGACUUCAGAUUCAAAAGCAAGUUCUGGCAUUCAUUGAUCACGCUUCUCGGAGUCAACCUUUGUCUGUCUACGGCAUAUCGUCCUCAAGCUGACAGAAGGAAGCUGGGCAAUGCCAAUGUUUCCAGUGCCGUACUAAAGUUCAAGUGGAAAGCUCUUUGGAAAACUAAGAGGACUGAUAUUUUUAAGGCACAGGCCCGGCAGAAGAAAUGGUAUGACCAGAAGCAUAUAAAAGCUCCAAAACCUAAAGAUGUGGAUAAGGUUAUGAUGGACCGACGCAAUAUGGUUGCCGAUCAACCCUCAUGCAAACUUGACUACAAGAAACUAGGUCUCUUUGAGGUAGAUGAGAAACUUGUUGCGUUCUACUGGCGGAAGCUUCGCUCUCAAUGGAACAUUCAUGACGUCUUCCAAAUAUUUCUGCUGGAGUCCUAUUGGGGAGUGAAAUACCCUCAACGCACUGAAGUCCCUCCUACUACAGAUGAGGUCGAAGGAGAAUACAAUCACGUUCUGCAAGAAAUAGCUAAUAGCCGAUGGCAAUAG